GUUGUCAUUUUUGAAUUUCGAAGUUUUGUGUAUAUAUUCGUUAAUGAAAAAGUUUAGAAAUUUGAAAAAAAACGUUUAUAUUUUUUUAUACACCACUACCUACACUUAUUUAAAAUGAAUGGAGACUUGGAACUUCAGACUCCUAAACAAGUCCGGCCUCGAAUAAACGCAACUUCAACGGUAGAUAGAACUAAGCAACAUAAAAACUUACAAAACCAAUCACUCGACUCGCAGUUCAGCACUUCUUUAGGCCUGCUUUCAUUAACGAAUUUCGAUGCCUCUAACAUAUUAGCUACAGAAUCUCAAAGGCAGUCACUAAAUAAUAUCAGGGAUGAACAAAGAAAACUUGCGAAUAAUACAUUGGAUAGAGCAACUAAGGUAUCUUCAAUUCCCUCCAAACUCUUAAAACCACAACAGUUAGAUUUAGGCGAUACAAAAUAUAUUUUGCAUUCAGAAAGUACAGUCAAUGAGAGCGAUUUACUCGCUACCCCGAAAAAUACUUCGACUCCACGGCCUUCCUCGACAGAUUUAAAAACAAAUGAAGGUCCUUCAAUGAGAAUUAGGGAUUCUUUAUCUCAUUUUACUCAAAUGCUUGAUUCAAAUAUGAGCAUACAAAGUGUAGCUGAAAAAUUUAUGCAGGUUGCUCAAGGUAGUAGAAUUGAUAUUGAACAUCCAGAAGGAGACAGUGGUAUGUUUGUACCUGCAGAGGAGGCUGAAUCGAAAUUGUUAGCUGAUGAAAUGUCCUGGAAAAGAAAGAAUGAAAUGCCCAUGGCUGAGAACUUUACUACUUUCGAGGAUAUCAGGGAACCAUCAAUGUCAAUUGGAGAAUUCUUCCAGCAGAGGUCGGAUGCUAUAACUGACUUUAAAAAAUCAGUAAGCCCUCAAAAAUUCGAACCGUUGGCUUUGCUAAAUUCUUUUAAUCUCACCGGUAAUCAAGAUAUUUCUGAUAAUAAUAUUGUAAAUCCGGAAAAGGAUAAAACAAACGAUAGCGCAAAAAGUUUAAGUAUUAGUGCUAUUCAACAAAUGUUAUCUGAGACCGAUCAAACGCCAAACAAGGUGAUAAAUUACCUGUUAAAUCAGAAAGAAAAGCCUACGAGAGAUGUAGGUCUAGGAAAUAAAGAGUUCUCUAGUGAUGUUUAUAGUUUGCCUGUCAGUAGGAAUAGUUCUUAUACCACAUCUGUGUCAGAUAAUGAAGCCAUUAGAGUUGCUGUAAAGGAAGAUAAAGAAAAUAUGAAACCGAAUAAAAGUCAAAGGUUUAUUACAGCAGGUUUAUUAUCCAAUAUGCAUAGUACUGGUGGUAUGAAAACACUGAUAUCACCACCUUCUAGGAGUUCCAGCUCACUCACAAGUUUACCCAAUGGAAAGUUGCCCAUCGAGAGUACUAAGAGUGAACUGGUUUGGGGUUCUGUAAAAGUGGAUCGGUGUGUAACAAAGGAAUUCCUAAUAAGAAACAAAACACCUAAAACUUUGAGAUUACAAUGCUCUCUGUCAUCCUAUGAAUUCAAAAUAAGGAAAGAUAAUAGGUCAGAUUCUGAUUUUUUGAGUGCCUGCAAGUUUGUUUUGCAUGGUCACGAAUCCAGACCACUUAUAGUUUCCUAUAUACCUACGAAAGUUGGAGCCGCUUUGGAUGAGUUAUCUUUUAGUCCUUUGGAUUCCAAUCUGUCCCAGACAAAGAAACAAUGUGUGAAAUUAUGGGGUUAUGGCGGAUAUUCUAAUGUAGAAUACCAGAAUGCAGUUAGAGAUAAUACAGGCAAAUAUUGGCUAUCUCUGGGAAGACUAGACAACAAAGUCAUAAUGGAACAAGGAUUCGUUAUAAAAAACACCGGCAAUUUGCCCUCUUUCGCUUAUUUAAAACAAAUACCUAAAUCCUUCAUCACGCCAACAAACUUAACAAUGGAACCGGAAUUGUUCGUGCUACUUCCAAACGAGGAAAAAACUAUUAAAGUCAGUUAUACACCCAGCGCCAAAGACGGUCGCGUCCUCAAGCAAAGCCUGAACGCCGUACCCGUCGUGGACAUUAGCAAGAUCGAGAUAGUAACCGGUCCAGAAUCUAGUAGGGCUAGAUUACGAAGACUCGUGAGGAAAGCCGAAGAAAGAGGCUUGGAAGUUGAUGCUUUGUGCACUGUACUUAAAGGAAGAUUUCCUGGUGAAGUGUUCCCGCCAGAUGCUAGCAAAUUUAAGGAAAGCCCUAGUUCAAUGAGUGAACUAUUAGAUACAUUUGUUAGGGAUGAGUUAAUUGUCACUAUCGAACAGGAUCCUAAUCAAACCUUGGUAGCGGAAUAUCCCGAAGACUCCGCCUUGUUUCAAACUCUCUGUCAGGAAUCUACCGUUAUAAAUAACGAUACUCACGUACUACAAAACCAUUGUCGAUUAGAACCACCCUCCAUAGUACUUUUACCCCCAAACAAGGUAGAAGAUUGUCUGUAUUUAGUUUCUGAAGUUACGCGACCCUUACAAUUUGAAGUGAGUACGACUCCGCCGGGUCUUCAGGUAGUUCCGGCAGAUGGCGUUCUUCGUCCGGGUCAAACGGUCGUACUUAAGGUUAAAUUACCGAAGAAGACUGACGAAAAAGGGUUUAAAGUGUUUGUGUAUGUCGAGGACGAUGUUUUGGAGUCGGAAGUCAAACUGCUGGCUGUUCGGUCGGUUUUUUUAGGUUAGGACGGUGUUUCGUGUGCUGUAAAAAGUGAUUUUAAUGCGUGUGUUUUAUCGAUUGUACUUAUAUUUUGCGUCCUAUUUAUAGAGGGUGUUUCAAAAAACAUGUGCCAUCUCUCGUAGGGAGAUUCCUCACGUAAAAAUAAAAUUUAUUUUUCAUAUCAACAUAGGUCUGAUUCUGCUUUGUUUCGUAGC